AACGAGGCUGUGUACCUUUUCACGGAGGGCACGUCUAUCGACAGCGGAAAGGAAGUCUUGCUGGAAAAGGUGAGUACCGCCAAGACGAAGGUCCCGAUCAAUGUGGUGUCCUUCAACUGCGACAGCUCCAACACCAUCAAGUUCCUCAAAGAUUUUGUCAAGACUACAGGUGGCAAAUUCCACGCGUACGCCGUGGUCAUGGAGCUAGACGCGUACGAGGCUCAGCCGGCCGAUGGCGUGACCAGCAAGGCCAACAUUCUGCUGCGACGUAAGACGUUUGGGGGGAUCCCGGCGGGGGCGGGCGUGAGGGAGGACGUGGUGCUGGUCUUUGAGGAGAUGGAGCAGGCCAGGAACAACCUGGCACAAGUGAGGAUGCUCAUCGAGAACGCCCCGGACCCUAACCGAGCCAGCAAAGGCAUCGACCCUGACCUCCCCCAAGCGGUGUGCGGCAGAGAUGAGCAGUACAUGAGCUCGCGUGAGUGGCUCGACAUCUACGGCUUGAACUCCCGGAAGCUGGGUCUGUACGACGUGCUGUCGGGUGUGGCCUUCAAACAUCAGGACGGAGUGGUGGACGUCAUGCACCGCCCGGCCACCGACACACAGACAGACGCCGAACAACUGCGCCACAAGAAGAAGUUCAACAUCGUGACCUUCAACUCCAAAGCUGCUGCGUGGAAAGACCGACUGGUGGAUGUGUCGGAGCGCUCGCUGCAGAGUGCGUGGUCGUGGGUUCAGAACCUGUCGUGUUGGGGCUCCACCAACACUUACGCUGCCAUCCAGCUGGCUAUGUCCGACCCACAGACACAGGCCAUCUACUUACUGAGUGACGGGCGGCCCGAUCAGCCGCCCAAGUCGAUCAUCGCCCAAGUCCACAUGAAGCAGCACAUCCCCAUACACACCAUCUCCUUCAACUGCGAGGACAGAGAGGCCAACCAGUUCCUGUUUGACUUGUCGGAGGCCACGGGCGGCCGCUACCACUACUUCAACGACCGCGGCAAGCCCGUCGACCAACCAGAGUCUUGGGAG